AUGAUUAAAAAAAAAUCAAAUAAACGAGGAAAAAAAAUUGAAAAAGGCAACAAUGGAGUUGAUACUUCGUCUAGCAGUUCUAAAAGGGUUAGACUUACUGAAGAAGAUUUCGAAUUUGAUCAUGAGGGGUCGUUAGAACAAGCAAAAAGAAGACGAGGGGCAGUUAAACUUGAGGGGUAUGGCAGCGAUGAGACAGAUACAAGCGAAGAUGAUGCCGGCUUGAAACUUUAUAAUCGCCGGAAAAAAGACAAGUCAAAAGACAAUAGGGAAGAAGAAGAAGAUAUGUUUGCAGAGGAAGUCCAAGUUGAGGAUAUUGUUAAUUUAUCAAAGAAAAAUAAAGAAGAAAAGUACGAGGUAGAAAAUAAAAAGAAUUUCAGGUAUUUGGAUUCGAAUGAGAUCCUUGGACAAGACUUUUCAUCUAAAGAUGCAUAUGAUGAAGAAUCAGGGGAGCCAAUGAUAGAAGCCUUCAAUAUGAAAGCUGAAUUGGAAGAGGGUAAAUUUGAUGAGUCGGGAAAUUACGUCCGUAAUAAAAAAGAUCCUAACGCAUUUCACGAUAAAUGGCUUGAAGGUAUCUCUAUGAGAGAUAUAGAAAGAGCCAGAAAAGCUCAAGAAAAAAAAGAUAAAGAAAGAAAACUUAAAGAGGCAGAGCAACAGUCACAAAUUCCAAUUGAUCGCAUAUCAAUUUCCAAAGAAAUAUUAACAAUAAUGAGAAAAGGAGAAACAUUGGUGGUAGCAUUACAACGAUUAGGAGGAGGAAGGUCAAAAAACAAAUCAAAAAAAAUCAAACCUGCACAAAGAGAAUAUAAACGAAAGGCGGGUAAUAAAAUGCAAGUAGAUGAACCUAUCCUAGAAAAAGAGCCAACACCAGAAGAAUUAAAGCAACAAGAAAAUAAGAAACAAAUAGAAAGGCUUACGGCAUUAUCAGAUAAAAUGAUGGAAUUAGGGCAUUUUAAUAUUUAUGAAGAUACAUGGGAACAAAUUUUGAGAAAUCUGAAAGCAGAAGGAGCAGUUGCAGAAGAUUGGAUGCCAGUAAGUGCUUAUGAGGAGAAGGAGGAGGAGGAGGAAGAGAAGCUAUUCUUUAUUUAUGACUUUCUUCUUAAUGUCAGAGAUCAUGGUGUCCAUUUUGGACAAAGUACCUGA